GGCUCCUCCUGCUCCGUUGUGAUGGCUCAAGGCUCCAAACCUGCAGAUCGGGCUUCAAGUUACUCCAUAUAAGUUCUACUCUUCAAGAAAGAGACGUACAAACGUUCCAUGCCUUCCGUCAGGAUAAGGAAGACUCCAUCUACUUAUGUUCUCCUCCCCGCUAGAUUCGACAAUGGUACUGAGGCGUCAUCGCCGCCGGUCACGGUACGCGGACAGCGCAGUAUGGGUAGCAUUCCCAGACCUACCAAUGCUCACGACGCGCAAAUAAAUGCUGCUUCGGGGAACACACAACGAUUGAGGAGCCACACGACAACCGGCGCGUCCGAGUCCGUCUCCCGCCCCCCCAUUCACCGUAACAGGUCCGAGUCUAGAAGUAAGGUCGUUGAGCACGUUCUAUCCUCUCGCAGGCCAUCUGUAUCACCUCCGCCAUUUUCACGCCACAAUCCUCCUGCUGUAGACGGCCAUGGAACUAUCAGGAAUAGGUUGCAGGUUUCUCAGACCGACAUUUCGACCCACAGCCAACCCUCCGUCAGGACACCCGGUAUUGUAGAAAGCGCAAUCGAACUUCAGCAAAACCAGCAACUCAAUGAACGUAUUGACCAUCACCAUGAUGAUAUAGUGGAUCAUUUGGAUGUAAUCGAUCUCCAGGUCGCUACUGUAUCCAGUCUGACCAAUGCCGCUAAUUCUAUCCUGAUCCCUCAAACGAGCUUCUACUCUCGAAAACCAGUCAUUGCGUUGUUUUAUCCAGGUGGACGACAAGGGUGGGAUGCGGAAUCCGUUGGGCAUGCUCAAUUUGAAUUCGAUGGAAUGGACGAAUCAUUAGACAGACAUAUUGAAGACGUCCUGACCGGUCGUGCCAAGGUCAAACGUACACUGCAGGGUGUUUGGUCGUUCUUGAAAACUCCAAUGGGUAUCAUAACAGGCAUUUACGGAUUUCUUGUCGUGUUCUGGGGAGCUGCGCUGGUGUUAUUUUUGCUGAAGUGGAUCAAUCUGCACAAUGCAAACACCCAGGGUUUUUGGGUUGAAGUAUGCUCUCAGGUCGUGUGUGGUUUAUUCACCGUCACCGGUAUUGGCCUGAUCCCUUUUCGUGCUCUCGAUACCUAUAGAAUCUGUAAAAUUUGGCACUACAAGCGGAAAACAACCAAGCUACGAGAUAGAGCUGGUCUCCCUCAGCUCUACGACGUCGAUGAUUUGCCCGAUCCUGUCUAUGACCCUACAUUUAUCCAUGUUCUCACUGAACGGGAGCAACAAGAUUUACAUCAUCAACAGGUCAAGUUUCGCGAGAGUCAGACGUGGUACCGCCCACACGGUACUGUAGCCCACAGAGCAUUUCCAAUCAACACGGCACUUUGGAUAUGUCUCUUUAUCGAUGGAAAUUCGGCCUUUCAGGUCAUGCUGUCGAGUUGCAUGUGGUCUAUGAACCGAUUUGAACGACCGGCGUGGACCACAGGUUCACUCAUUCCCGCGUCAUUUUUAUGCGGGAUAAUUUCGGCAAUAUUGAUUUGGCGAGGUGGUCAACUCACCAGACGCACAGAGAAGAUCGAAAACACCCUGAGAACGGCGCUUGCGAUAGAAAAGUACGAGGAGGAUGGUCUUUUGCACGUGCCAUCCAAAAAUGUUUCGGCGAAUUCUCCCCUCAGGCAGACCAUUAUUGCUGGUCCGAAUGGCUUGAACGCGUCUUCGGGGAAGCAUGAUGAUAACGGUGAGAUCACUGCUCCCCCAGCAGCGUCGCCUGCUAUUGUGGAAGACAUGACUAUACCCAUGAUGAAAUAGACAACACUUCAAGGGCUCACUACUAUAUCGUAAGGGCGCGGGCGCCAGUCCCCGACUCUCCUUCGUUGUCGAUUUUGUCCCGAGAAUCUCCGUGGCUCUCUGAAACCCUCCCCUUGUUUGUAUUUUCUCUCAUUAUUGAAUACAGAUAACGACUCAUCAUACGUACCCUUUCUGAAAUUCUUGUCUGCCUUUUUUUUGUCCCGAAAACACGAGAACUCAGAGUGAAUAUAGGGAACAAAAUCCACAAUACAGCGGAAAAAAUCCAAAUCGCACUGCUUUU